GUUGAAGAUAAUACAUUAGACAACUUGACACUGCUGCUAACAUAGUGUGUUCCUGGAAAGUGUGUAGAUUUUUAUUUAAUUUGGGCUUUCUGUCUUUGUCGUAGUAAUACGACUCGUUAGAGUGACGUUAGGUGGGUUGUUGAAAGAGAUGCAGGGUGGGACGGAUUCGUAACUGGACGUUUUAAAAACGAUCACUCCCCGUCCAGUUGUUAUGGAGCAGCCACCUGGGAGCUUAGAUGAUCUACAGCCUCAGGACCUCUCCACCUCCAGCAUCCCCACCGUGAUUGACCUGACCAGGAAAGGCGAGGAAUGUGUCCUCAACAGCACGUCCCUCAACGGGCUGCAGAUGGUCAAGAGCCCCGGCUGGUACCCAAACACAGGGGCCAGCAACCCCGGAUUACCCUCAUCAGAGACCGGCACCUCGGACAGCACUCCCCAAUCAAGGGAUGGACCAGACAAUGCCUUCUCCCACACUACAGUCACCCUCUCCUACGUGAGCAGGUCUCAUGUCUUCUCCACUCACGACUCCCUGUCUCAGUGUUCGCCUCUAUAUGGUGUGCCACCUAUAAGCAAGUUUUCCGUCCACUCUCCUUGUGACUCAGAUGAAGGACUGGGGGAUACUGGCUAUGCACUGAACCAGCAUUACUUGGUUGGUGGGCCCCUGGAACUCACCACUCAGAGUGAACUUUUUCAUUCAUUGUCUCAGGCUCAGAUGAGACCAGAGAUCGAAUGUUUAACGAAGGAGCCUCAAGAGUUAAAUGGUGGAGUCAAUUAUAGCGACAGGGAUGUGGAUAAGCGUGUAAAAGACGAAGAGGAAAACGGCCCUUUUUGGGAAAAGAAUGGUGGUUUGGAGAAUGGACAGGACGAUAGCUUUUCGAGUUCAGGAGUAUGUGCUGAACCCUCACCGGUGACACUCACCCCAGCCACGGGGGAGGAUGUGGUCUUUCUUAUGUCUAAAAAGCAGGACCCAGCGGUCGUCCCGGACAGAGUGGGUGCUACUAGAGACCUGUAUUCACUAAGCAGGGAGUACGUCAGUCCUUUGGAGGACCCUGUCUCCCCCUCCACUACCUCACUGGACAAUGUGGAGGACGUGUUAAUCCUGCCUCAGGCCUCAAGCUCACCAAGCGGCGACAACUCUUAUUUAGAGACAACUGAUGAUGAGGUUGCGUGGGAUGGCUUGAGGACAAAGGGGGCCAUUGAGCCAGGCUCCGGCAUCAGCGUUAGUACCACAAGGUUAGAUUCAAGUGCUGAAAAUAAGCAACCUGUCCAUAGACGGAAGGCAGUUUUGGAGCCUUUGAUUGACUUGACAGAUGAUUUGUGUGUGUCAGAUGUUUCAGGAAACAAACCCAAGACUGUCAUUCCUCGCAUGAACGGGAAUGCAAAGGCACUACAGAGAACUUUAAAAGAAAAGAAGCUGCCGGUGCGUUCUGGCAGAGGAACUCGGCUAGAGGCGAUAGUAAUGAACAUAAAUUCAAGCAGGUAUAAAGUGUCAGGAUGCAUCCGCACCAAUAAGAAAGCAAAUGCAUCCCAGUCAACAGCUAGUGAUUUACCCAGUCCUAAGAGGAGUGACACCCUAUCAGUAGGAAAAAGGAAAAGCAGAGCAAAAGUAAAAACGAUGAAACAAAAAGCCGUAUCUUCAAUAAAAAGGGAUAAAACUAAUAACAUUAAAACUGACAAUUGGAAAGAUUCUACCUCUGAUUCUGAAAUCAAUAAUUCAAAAAAGUCUAAUGGCAGCACAUGUCCAAAAAGCCCUCAGUUUGCUGUGCACAAGAAGUCAAAGAAGGAGCAAGAGGAAGUUUCACAUCCUGCGCACUCACGACAGGUUAGCCCUGUGAAUUCAAAGAGAAAACCAUCUUUAAAGUCAAGUCGUCAGUAUGUGCACCAAACCCCAAAAGAGCCAGAGCAUCAUUUUCACCCUGACCCUUUAAUGGAUGUUCAUAUGGCUCGAUUUCCACCACCACCACCAUUAUCAAAAUCUCCAAAGAAAAGACGAGGCAAAGCCAAAUGCAAGGCUACAGGUAGCAAAACAUCUCCCACUGCCAAGACGAAAGGGGCUGGCACGUUCAAGAGGAGGCAAAAGAAACCCAAAUGGAGCCAGGUUCCCUCCAUGUUCUCCCCCAAAGAGCCGGAGAUCAAGUUGAAGUACGUCAAUUACAAGGAGGAGAAAAGGGACUUUCGGUUAGACAGUUUCUCUCCUUUCGUCCGUGUAAAGCAUCAGCAGUUGUCGUCAUCACUGUGUACUGUAAUCAACUACCCCGAGGAGGUAGGGACACAGCAGAAGAAGGGCCAACAUCAGCAGGCUCACCCCUGUGGCUUCAAUUCUGCAGUCGUACCCUGCACUUCCUGUCUGCAGCUGGGCCGAGCAUCCACGGACAGCCAGCAUCAGCGCGCUCUCGUCUGCUGCCUGUGUGGGCAAGCGGCCAACGCCAUGGACCUGGGGGACCUCCACGGUCCCUAUUACCCUGAAGGGCACCAGCCAAGCACCAAAAGACCGGCCGUCACGUUGGGCCUCAAAGAGGAUGAGGACGACUACAGCAAUUCAGACUCUUCCUCGUCCUGGAGUAUCAGAGGCAGGGGGAGGAAGUGUGCCAAUCCACCUGUACCCCGGGCCCUCAGGCCCGGAGCUCACCUGAAGCAGAAGGGCCUGCUGAGGAGCCAGCGGUGGACAGCUGACAAUACUGGCAGCCCUGCAGCCAAGCAGGCUCGGUCAGACGCUGACUCUGUCGAUGUGGAGGACUGGUACAGCCCCCCUGUGCUGCCUCUGGAUCCCUGUGAAUACUGGCUCCAUGAAGACUGCGGCAUCUGGUCCGCAGGCGUGUUCCUUGUCAAGGGCAAAGUCUACGGACUGGAGGAGGCUGUCAAGGUGGCCCAGGAGACGAUGUGUUCGGCGUGCAGUGACCCAGGCGCUACGCUGGGCUGCUUCUUCAAAGUCUGUCCCAACAAGUACCACUACAGGUGUGCUCUGGAGUCAGCAGACUGUGUACUUAUUGAAGAAAACCUCUCCAUGAAGUGUAAAAAGCACAAGAACAAGACAUUCAAAGCCCCCCCAGGGAACCGAUGGGAUGACAGGUGACAAGUUGGCAGAACCCACAUAAGACGUCUACGUGCAACAUCCUACAGGGGCUGUCCUUCCCCUUCUGCUGGUAACCAUGGCAACUGUGGACCACGGUUCUCCUCGCCGGCAACUAGCACCCGUAAACCUUAACUUCACCCUCUGCACUGUUAGCCCCGGACACUGGCUGGAGGCAGCCAGUCCCUGAGACCCCCACCCCCCCCUCAGUCCAGUCUGAUGACCCCCAUAAGACAGACUGGGGAAACCUACUCUCAACUUCAAUAUUAAGUAAUAUGCUGAAUUUGUCAUUCUUGUUAUUACUCAGUAGUUAUUUAUAUGGAAUUUUUUGCUCCUUGUUCAAAUAUGAAUAACAAUCAUAGAUAUUUAAUUUUUUUUUUUUUUUUCUUUUUUUAAGAUUUUGUAAGUAUUUGAUUCUAUUUGGUUUAUUUAUUCCUGGAGGUUUUUGUUUUUUUUAUCGGCCUCUUUAGAAGUCGUCAAAGAGGUUUGAUUGUGUGUUUUUAAGUUAUUGGUAAAGCGAUUUAACGAUGAAGUAUCGAGCCAGUCAACCAGAGGCUGGUCGCUCCAGAUCGGACACUCGCAAAACAAGGUACCUAGCACGACGGGGUUCCACAUUAAACGGAACACCCGUUGUGUCCUAGCACACGGCAUUAAGGCAAGUCUCAAAUACACUUAAACAACACUUGCACUAAAUGUCGGGCCCAGUGAUUGUUAUCAAGGGGACUAACAGUGAGUUUUUUGAAUGUAUCCUCCCCAUGUGAGUUUCUUUUGCAGGAAGCACUUUGGAGGGACACCGAACAGAUCUGGUCUUCUGCCACGGCUGCAGUAUUACCUUUUCUGAGCUGACUGCCUUCCCCUGUAUCAUUUCCUCCAGACUCACGCACGCGUUCACAGGUCAUCCGACCAUUAGGAUGAGACCUUGUGAUCUUAUUUGGCUUAAAGCACUUUGGCCGCCCACCUUCAGGCUGGGAGAGAUGUGCCUGUGCCCUUAAAUCAGUCGGGAUCUUAAUGGUCUAUAAGGGUAUAAGAAGUUAAAGCAGACUUCUUUUCUUAUAACGGGGAAAGUAAAGAUUUAUUUCAGUGCAAGUCAUCUGCCGUUUACCUGGAUUUUUCCCUGAGCUGCGAGAAUUUUUUUUCUGUUCAGUUCUGUUUUUGGAAUUUUGCCGCGCAAUGUUAGCAUUGCUUUGAGGGUACCUCAACAAAAACCCUUUCUGGAACAAAAAAACCACUCAGCGUCACCCGUGUCCCUUAAGUUCAAGAAGGAUGUGCGUUUGCAGAGUUCUAUUGAGAAUCUUUGGUUUAUAUCAAUCUUAUUUUAAAAUGACAGGACCAUGCUAGUAUUAAGAUUCCCGAUCAUCUACUGCAAUUUCCUUUCUUGACUUGGGCCUGGAUGGUAAAUUCCCACAAGAAACCUUUCUGAACACGCCUUAUCUGACGUUCAAGAGGUACAUACAGUCUUUCCUAGCUUCACUGGACUCUGGUGCAAUGACAAAUCAGUGGAUGUACAUGACCUCUCAUUGGACAUCUUUAAUGACUAAAGGCAGCUUACGCGCACUUUUCUACUGCAGACUUUGUUAUUGAUACAAGAGGCACGGUGUAUGGUCGGCCAAUUCUAACGAACCUUUUACCAGAGUCUCCGGGACUUAAUAACCUCAAUACUUGUUGAAUCAGUAAUCGAGGUCCUCUGAACCUGCCUGUCUGUUUUAGAGAGAAGUCUAUAUGUGAUCAGUGUUGAUAUAACGUCGCUAUACUUUUGCAUAGAGUCAUUAGGGGCAGGGUUGUGCUCACACCGUGUGUGUGUGUGUGUGUGUGUGUGGUGUGUGGCACGUUAAGUCAUGGCUCCACGUUAAAGGAUCUCCACACAGGCGGCGGAUGGCUUUGUCUGCUAAGUGUCUCACCAGCAAGACACACACACACAAAAACACGCAAAACUCCUUAUCCUGGAACACAAAGUCUAUUUCAUUUGUGCCAUCCUCAUGUUUUCUGAAUUUUAUAUUUGGUUGCAGUGAAAUUUUUACUACUUUUUAUUUCAGGCAGGUGUUUAACAUAUACAAAUUUUGGAGUAUGAUUCAUUCUUACAAAUUGUUUUCUCCGUGUGUUAAUCUCAGGGCUGAAUCUCAGAUAUUUGAAUGAUUUUUAUUUUGGGAUUUUUCUUUUCUGUUUUAUCGGGCUUGUUGUGUAACCCCCCCCCCCCCACACACACACACAUUGACUAGAGCAAUGCUACAUGUAGCAGGAGGUGGCGGUCUCAUCAGACCCAAAGCCACCUGUCCUGGGACCCCCGACUCAUCCCAUUCCAACGUCUCCAUGCGUCUCUCAGUGCUGUGGCGGUUUUAGGUUUAACGUGGGACUAGGACGGCCAACUCAUGUCACUUUUUUCAUGCUCUUUAUUUUAUGGCAACUUUUUGUACCGUCUUGCUCACAUCUUGGAGCAUCAGAGGUUAUGUAAUUGUCAAAAAUAAAUAUUUUGUUUAAUGUU